AUAUAGUGAAUGCAGGGUCCGGGGAGACCGGAUAUAGUGAAUGCAGGGUCCGGGGAGACCGGAUAUAGCGAAUGCAGGGUCCGGGGAGACCAGAUAUAGUGAAUGCAGGGUCCGGGGAGACCGGAAAUAGUGAAUUUAGGGUUCCGGGGAGACCAGAUAUAGUGAAUGCAGGGUUUAGUAACACUUUAAACCAUUUCCAUACCGGGGUUUUUUUUUUUUUUUUGUGCUUAGCUGUGAUUUGGCAACAGCUAAUCACAUGACAUGUGCAUCUAGACACUAGUAUACAAUGGAUGGCAUGAACGAAGCCAUCCAUUAUAUAUAUAAAGACAGCAAAGGAGUUUAUUG